AUGGUGGCAGGUUCACUAGAGUAUAGAGGUGGUCUUACAAUGGAGCAAAGUAAUCAAACGUUAAAGAGUUGGUGUGAUACAAAGGCACCGCGCCACAAUGUACACUUCCUUGUGAAUGAGGAGUAUUCACUGGGUCCAGGCUUGCGUGUGCUGGGCACGACACUAUGGCCAUUCAUUCCGCCCAUGGUCAACAUGCCCGAUGGCUAUCAAUUCCACUUUGAACAGAUCAAGGGCGAUCAAGAUCGUCCACGAUGCUCAAUGCGUGAUCAGAAUCAAUGGAACAAGAAUGAUAUCAAAUGGCUAAAGACAUCACUAUCCAAUGACCUGGAUCAAUCAACUACAAUCAUACUAUCUCACUACUCUCCAAUCGAUAAUGUCUUUGAUCAAAGUAUAAACAAGUCUGUAAAGUCGGUAAUGUGGUGCAAUGUUGAUAUACAGGCAUUGUCAGACUUGUAUCCAAACAUAAAGUAUUGGUGCUAUGGUGGCAGUUCAUUCAAUAAGAGAGAUGAACAGAUGUUUGAUGGAAUAACAUUGUGUACCAAUCAGAUGUAUAAUGGUAUGACAAAGAAGACACUGUCCCAAUUCGAUCCAAAGUUCUCUAUUCAUAUGGAAGGUGUCAAGCUCGUGGUCAAAGGACCUCCACUAUCAGCUGCCUUCCCAUAUUCCACCACGACGACAACAACAAUGACACCAUCCUCAACAUCAUCAUCAUCAUCAACAUCAACAUCAUCAACGACUCAACCUACUUCAAAUGAACAUAAUACAUCAUUACUGGAGACACUUCAUUCUGUAUUCAAGGAGAGCUCGACAUAUGGAAACAAUGACAAUACUAGUAUGAGCAAACUGAUAGCACUGUUGAGCAAUGACAUUGAGCAAGAUGGCGAGGAUGAAAAGACAAAGAAGAGGAAGUUCUUCAAUAUGGCAAUACCGAAUCCAACAUCAAAACCAGCAGCUGCAGAAUCAGUCACAACAUCGUCAUCAUCUAAAGUCAGUGAUCCAACUGAUUAUCUGCAAUAUGAUGGUGAUGAUGACCUGGAGCGAUACCUGUCUGCAAAUCAAAAGAAGACAAGGUCGACGCAUUUGGACAGUACUGCGCCUCCACCAAGUGCUGUUGUUGUUAACUCUGCAUCCAAGAAGAAGUUUAAGUUCUAG